AUGCUCCUUGGGAACUUCCCUCAAGGAGCUCUCUUCCUCAGACUCGUCCAUUCCUCCCCAGCCAAGCCGCCUCGGAAGCUCAUCCUCUCCUUCCUUGCCAGUGUCUCUCCUAACCUGGCCUCUUUCUCCAUCUCCAACAAGAAUCUUUCUUUCUUUGCCAGCGCUCCUACUGACAUGGCCCCUUUCAGCAGCCCCAGCAGAGACCCCAAAUCUACUCGACUCGUCCAUCCUCCGACGGUGACCUCCAGACUUCCAUCCACCUACAGAGUCGUCGCAAUCAGUUUCUAA